CGCGCUCUGUGUCAGUAUCAGUCUCGCUGCGAAUUGUUACAUUGUUGCAUUGUGCUCCUGAACUGUGUCGAUUUCACGUCGUCCCCACGUUGGGAUAGACUUUAUAUAAAAUCGACAGGCAAGAGGACUGCAUUCCGCCGCUGCAAGGACGAAGAGGAUUUUAUCUCCUCGGAUCAACUUGCUUUUCCACACGAGCUCCAACUUCUGAUCUCAGAUUCCUCGCAUCCAUCCAAGUGCUCCUGUAUGUGGCUGGACAAGUGGCUCUGCCUUCCCACGGUGAGACUGCCCGAGCCAAAAUGGGGAAGCAAAAUAGUAAACUGCGUCCUGAAGUCCUUCAUGAUCUUCGAGAGAACACCGAGUUUACUGACCACGAGCUCCAGGAGUGGUACAAAGGCUUCCUGAAGGACUGUCCAAGUGGAAAUCUGUCUGUUGAAGAAUUUAAGAAAAUAUACGCAAAUUUCUUCCCUUACGGCGAUGCGUCCAAGUUCGCAGAGCACGUGUUCCGCACCUUCGACACCAAUGCCGACGGAACGAUUGAUUUUCGAGAAUUCAUUAUUGCGCUGAGUGUCACCUCGCGCGGCAAGCUGGAGCAGAAGUUGAAGUGGGCAUUCAGCAUGUAUGACCUGGACGGGAAUGGGUACAUCAGUCGCGAUGAAAUGCUAGAGAUUGUCCAGGCUAUCUACAAGAUGGUAUCGACUGUGAUGAAGAUGCCUGACGAUGAAGCAACACCAGAGAAAAGAACAGAUAAAAUCUUUCGACAGAUGGACUCGAAUAACGAUGGUAAAUUGUCCCUUGAAGAAUUCAUUAAAGGUGCCAAGAGUGACCCCUCCAUUGUACGGUUACUACAGUGUGACCCAAGCAGUGCAUCUCAGUUCUAAUGGGACAUGAUUGUAUCGCACUGAUCAUCCGAAGUAAAGGAACGAGCUUUCAUUCCAGCUGGAUUGCCAACCCUUUGUCUGACCUCCAUCUCAUCAUGAAUUGAUCUUCCUGCCAUAAGAGGGUGAUUGACUAACAUGGACAGCAUAGUUUACCCACGCUGUCUUCGGGGGAGCUUCUAGUCACUGCAUUGUUACUUUUGUAUUGUGUUUUCUGUGCAAUGGACACUUCAACAAUCAGGCAUGCCAACACUCAUAAGGCGACAGGACAUUGUGCGUAAGGCUCUCCACUAUGGUUCAGAAUAAUGCACAUGUCUGUUAUUGACUCAUAACCUGAACAUCAGUUUGACAUUGCGAAUGUAAAGGUGCCACAUAUGGGAGCUUGCAAUCACGCUUUGAGUGCAUUGUAGCUGCUCUAGUUAUUGCAUAUUGUUGUACAAACCAACAAUUCCAAUUCCCAGAAUGAUCUAUAGUGAUCUGCAAAUGAACCUAAUGGAUUAUUUCACUUGCAGAUUCACCAAGUGAACCUCUGAUCACUGUGCAAAGUAUAGUUUACGCUUAGUAAGCAGGAAGACAUUACAGAUUUGUUUGCAAGGGUAGGUGUAAACUGAGGUGAAAUGUUUUAAGUGGCCCUCACGUACACAGUGGAGCUGUUGAUGUGUAUACAGAGUGUGCCCUGAACAUCAUUUUGGUUUUAUAAAAAAAUACUUGGAAUCGAGUACCGCUGAUUUACCAACUUAUAUAUAUUCCCCAGUCUAAGAUUUCUAAAUCUGGUAGAUUCCCAACACAAGGUUUGAUCAGUUGAAGUCAGUGGCCGUUGAUUAUAUAAAAAUGGCAAUGAGUUGUUGCCUAAAUUAUGGAAAAUCACCAAAUCUCCCUUCAGCUCACAUCUCAUCCAAUAAUGAGGUCCAUCUCCCUGAUUCCAUUUCACUGGGAAGAAGAUAAACAGUUGUUGGAAGUAGUGGAAUGAAGGACAUACCCAAUUCCAAAUCCACAAAAAAUUGUCAUCCAAACAAAACAGGUCUGAUGAGACUGGAUUCUGUUGUAAAGUAAUAAUAGAUGUCACUCUCGUGGGAAAGGCAAGUCUGCCGCGUUUUCGAUGAAGGAGUAAAUAAUCGCCUGUGUUAGUGUGUAAGUGCUACCAAGUGCAAAGGUAAUGUGAAUUUGAUUUAUGCACCAGAUUGACAUGGUAUAUCGUGCAUCCAGUACUCUUGUUUUGUGACGGCAUGCACCAGCACGGCGUUCCAGCAACCCCCAAAAAAGUUAAAUGUCGUUAUUUUGUUUUACGGCCGCGUAAUAUAUAUGUUUAUUUAUCUUGUGUGCCAGCACCUUUAUUUGUGCAGAAAAAAUGCGCUGCUUGCAUCUAUCAGACACUAUGACCAAAAACCCAGACACCAACAGAAUUGAUGGCUGUUAGAAACGUACGAGGGAAUACUGUGGACAAGUGCGCUAGAUGCAAGGUCUUCCUGCCUGAUAUUAUUACUGUCUCACCAUGUUAUAAUAACUGGAAUAAAAUUCCACUUUAUCCUUGUGAUGAGUAUACUGAGUCUGCUCUAGCACGAGUGUUUUGCGUGCUUCAGGAAUGAAGGAGGAAUCACUGGCAGUGCAUGUUAGAUCAUGGUAUAGGAGGAAUUGUAUUAAAAGUUAAAUGUAUUUUUAACAGUGUUGUAAUUCAUCUUCAAAUACUAUUCUAAAUUAAAAAAUCAUUGUUUUAAAGCAAGAAAUGAAA